CUCGGGGCCUGUCGGGGCGCUCGUGUGCAUGGCUGUGUCGAUGUGUGGUCGGCGCAGACUCCGACGGUAGGAAACUUUUUCGACAAGGCCGCUGGCCAGGCGUCGACGCUGUCCGUGCGUGCGGAAUGAACGUUUUCGUGGCUUUUGAGCCUCGUGCGCGCUUUUCGAUCACUCCCGCGUUGCUGGCUACGCUCUCGCGUCCCGCACAUGGCACAGCUGUGACUGCGGCGGCCGUGGUGUGCGUGCCCCUAAGUUUUGUUCUUCACUUCUUUCUUGUUUUUGUUUCGCACUUAUGCACUGGGCGCCUUGCGCAAGAAAGGAGCGCCUUGUUGCUGUUUGCGGUGGGACGAAAGUGCUGCAUGUGAUGAGGCGCGGCCCGAGCGCUCGCGAGACAGACAGCGCUGUGAAGUUUUUGUUUUCGCAUCGGCCAAACCCCUAGUGCGUGUAUGUGUGCGUGCACGCGGGGCCUUUGUGGACCCGUUGAGUGAAGGGGUUUGCAGAGGAGACGUUGUUCCCACACCAUUCUACACCGGCGGUCGCGAACGGUGGGGAAUGGGGCCGAUCGCUGGUCGAAGCUCGCCGUCGAAGACUCUCCCCGAUUGACUCAGUGAGCUCGACACAGUUGAAAGAAGGACCCCGUUUUAUUGGAGCAUGGGCCGAGGCGACGCCCGUUCGGACUCGGACGAAUCCGUGCAGUGGGAAGAAUUUUUCGGCCCAUCGCUUGAUAUUAGCGGCUCCCUCCUUGCUAUGUACGACAGCCUGGCAUCUGAGCUGCACUCUGAUGGGUCCUCCUGUCCACCGCCGACUCGCCCACCACCCGCAGCUCGUCGGCCUCUCAGUUCUAGCUCAGACUGUUCUUCAUCCUCUUCCUCAUCAUCAUCACUCUUGCCUCCUGGACUGGGUGGUGUAAAGAAGUCUUACCUGGCAAGCGUCGAGAGCCUGGAAGAUGAUGUUCCUGCAGCACUUCGUGGGAACCGAGCACUCUGUCGGACUGCGUUCGCCGAUAGCAGUGCUGUGGCCAUGCACAGAAGCCUGCUUAGCCAUCCCCUUGGAGGCAAUGUAGGCUGUGGCCCUGACCAGCCAAGCUACUUGGAUCGCGUUCUACUAGAAGUUGUGGACACUGAGAGGACAUAUGUGCGUGACAUUGAAGCCAUUGUAGAGGGCUAUCUGACACCAUUGUCACAGCUGACUGACAGCAAGAUAAAGCCAGAAGAGCUGAAGAGUCUCUUUGGCAACAUCGAGAGCAUCUAUGCAUUCAACAGUGGGUUCCUGGAGCAGCUCGAAAAGUGUGGCUUUGACCCGGUGUCCAUCGCUCGGUGCUUUGUGGCCAACAGCAGUGGCUUUUCUGUGUACACAGAGUUUUGCACAAGUUAUCCAACAAUGGUUUCAACUCUGACAGAACUAGUUGGUAAAGCAGAGACAGCAGAGAUAUUUAAGGCUCGCCAGACCUCACUUCAUCACAGCUUGCCACUGGGAUCCUACUUGCUCAAGCCUGUACAGAGGAUUCUCAAGUACCAUCUGCUUCUUCAGAACAUAGUGAAGCACGUGGACAAGGAGAGCCCAGGCUACCCUGAUGUGAAGAAUGCCCUGUCGGUGAUGACGGGCAUAGCGUACCACAUCAAUGACAUGAAACGGAGGCACGAGCAUGCAGUACGAGUGCAGGAGAUCCAGUCGCUCCUUUACGGAUGGCAGGGUGAAGAUCUCACGACCUUUGGGGAGCUGGUGGCAGAGGGCUGCUUCCGCAUGCUGGGUGCCAAGGCCCUGCGGCAUCUGUUCCUCUUUGACAAGAUGCUGCUAGUGGCAAAGAAGCGUGAGCAGGGUAUCCUGCAUUACAAGACGCACGUGGUGUGCUCCAACCUGAUGCUCAUCGAGAGUAUUCAGGGGGAGCCCCUCUGCUUUCAGGUGGUGCCCUUCAACAGCCCCGACUACCAGUACUCCUUCCAGGCUCGCAGUCUUGAGCAGAAGCGUGAAUGGUGCCUGCAGCUAAAGCGAGCCAUCAUUGAAAGCUUCAGCGCUGUCAUUCCCAGUCACGCCAAGCAACUGGUGUUGGAGCUCGGCCAAAAUGACAGAGGCCUGCUGUGUGAGAGAGGAUCAAUAAAGAAGACGCUUGGGGCACCGGAAUACUUGAAGAGACGCAGAUACGACCGACGCAAGUCGGAGAGCAGUCUGCACAGGGCUCUGCAGCUAUCACGAGGCUCAAGAAAGGUGAGAUCAACCACAUUUGUCCAGAGCUGGAGGGGCAUUGCUCAGCUACGAUCACAUGUUUGGAGGAGGUCACCAUGUCCUCCCCGCCUUCCUUCUCUCACCUCUUCGACCAGGCUAUUGUGGGAUUCACAUUUUCCCUCUACCCCCUGUUUUUUGCUAUACCUCAUAUUGCAUUAUCUGCUAAGCAAGGGAGUCACAAUACUGGCUUUCUGUGGGCAACUCCUAAACAAUCGUGCCUUGCAGGCUCUCCUCACCAAGUCGUGUUCUUGCCAGCCUGUCUCAUGCCAAAGGAUCAGCACAUUGGAUCCUGCAGAGUUUCAGUGCUGUCCGGAGUACAAUCAAUCUGGUACACCAACGACCACCAGCCAGACCUCGGGUCCAAGCUCACCCACUUCACCGAGAUCCAACACCUUGUGCUAUGCAGGCAAGCCAGAAGCAAGGACAGUUGGAAGGCUUGAAUCGAGAAAUUCCAGUGAGGAGCCGUGGCCGCCCUGGAAGCAGUGUCCCAUAACUAGUGUGGACACCAGUGACACGGAAAAUGAAGAGGGUGCCUGCAUGGUGGACGUACGCCGACUCCUCCGCUACAGGCCAUCCGUGCGCUCGCCAAACUACCACACUGAGGAGCUCCCGGGCGAAUACGUCACUUUUGAGUUUGCUAGUCGGCACAUAAGCCAGCAGUCUUACGGUGCCACGUGCUGCACUUCUGCCGGCACCGACUUCACCGCACUCUGGGCAAGGCUCGGUGCCCACGGUACUGCAGUUCCAUCUUCUAGUAAGCUGGUUCAGAGGAGCCACUCUUUCAAUGAGGCAGCACUUCCCGAGACCGAUUGCCCAGAGAGAAGCAUGGCGGAGAACCUUCGACAAGUCAGAAGGGAGAACAGCGUACCUGAAGACUGGUUGAACAGCCUCGAGGAACACCUCCCUCCAAAUGCCUGCAAGCGGUGUGGCUCACUUCCACGCAGUUUCCGUCACAGCGCCCCAACAUCACCCUCCUCCGAGACUGGCUCCAAGAUGCACCAGCUCAGAGCUCGCAUGGAGCGGCUCCGGCUGCAAGCUCCGGAGCAGCGACCUUUCACGAUAGCAUCUGACCAGCCCUCCCGAGCAGACUUCAUUGACGGAAAUUACAUGCCUCAAGGAAACAAUGAGAGCCAGUUCAGCAGCCAGGAGCUAAACCCUGUGCCCAGUGUCGAAAACCUGGCAUCCUCCGUGGUUCACCCCGAGCAUCGAAUAUACCGCCGGGACACUCUGCACGGUGGCUCCUGGCGUAGCACGCUCUUGGGCCUGGGCACAAAGUUGACGCGUGUCCUGUGGUCGCCUAACCUGAACGAUGGCCCCACGCGUAACGGUGAAGGACAACUGAGCCACGGGUCUAGUCGAGACAGCUUACGCAGCAACGAUUCUCGACUGGCCCAGCUUAAAUCUGUUGGCUCAUUUAGCCGAGCAUGUGCCAGUGUUAUACAGUCCAAGGCAAGGCACCUUCCACGGUUAUCGAGUUUGCAUGGUGUCCAGGGCAACUCCACAGCUGCGGCACGAAUUGCUCGGCAGCGAGAGCCUGACUAUUGCAUUCCACAGACCAUCCUCGCCAUAUUGAACAAAAACGAAAGUGGUGGCAACAAUGACAGCCUGCAGCCAGAAGCUGACAAGAGCCCCAAGCCUGUGUCGUUCAUUCCACACCUGGCUAACGCCGUCCUGGAACUGGAUGAUGACACCGACUCCGAGAACAGUGAUUCCUCGGCAGACAGCUACUAUGAGAGGAACUUUGAGGCCAUCGAGGACGUCCUGGCCGAUGACAUGUUCCGCGACUCUGCAAUCUACAGUGAUCCGGAGGAGGUCAGCGGCAGUGAACAUGAGGUUGCAGUGAAACCAGGCCUGUUGACACGUAGGGCUAAUAGCAACAAGCUCCAAGUUGUUGCAGAGAAGCUGCCACUGUACGACGAGGGUUCGAGUCAAGCUGAGCAGCAGCAAGCACCCUCAGAGUCUAGUUUGUGCGCAUCAUCCCCUGGACCUGCACCAAUGGCAUGCCGCCAGAGAGGCUGGGUGAAGCACAUUGUUGACAAAUUCCAGGCAAACAUGGCAUCCAACUCCUAGUCCCCUCCCUGUCACGAGUGCCUUUGAGCGAGCGCCCUUGGAUGGUCCACUUCGACCAGCAACCAAAGAAAGCCAUUCGGUGCAUUGCUACUUCCAGCACAGAUCCGAUGGGUGCGUGGCUGUCCUUGUCCUCUAGGAGAUCCGACUGUGCUCCAGUGCGACUCUACACAGAAUGUUCUCGGUGAUACAACUCACUUUUGGCAGUGCAGGUCGGCUCAUUGUACUAAUGCAGGAAACAUGGCAUCAAGGUGGAAUAUGCUCAGUUGCAUCGCUUGGCAGCACACGGUGCUGUCGUCAUUGCUGUGGUGCAUUGGGGCCAUUUCAUCAGGCUCUGCAAAGCAGAAGCCUUUUACUUUGUUCACAUAUCAUGCAUGUGUAUUCAGGCAAGCUGGACACAAGGUGUGGCACAGCUGCACUACUGCAUUGAGUCGGUUUGCAUAAAAAAGCUUUUUUGCUUUCAAAUGACUUGGGACAGUGAUGUUGUUAAAUCAGACUAUGCCAAUUGAAAUGCUCUAAAUAUAGCACAGAAAUGUGACUAGCAGUCUUUAUUGCCUUAGUAUCACUGGUAAUAUAGUCAUAUUGUAAUGGUUUCUUUGUUUACACUCCAUACGUGUUGUAUGGAGUAACUGAUAAGUGUUCCUCUGUUCUCUCAUGUGCAGCUAUUGAGGCACAGCAAGUUUUAGAGAACCAUUUUUGUUUUGCCAGAUGUGUAAUUUUAAACCAUUGCUUUUAGGGGAUUUCUUUUCGCGUGGAGUUCGCUAACUAGUGUUGUCUGGUUUAUAGUGUAAAUUAGGCAGGACUCUAUUGUCCUUAUGGAACUGCAGUAUUUGAAGAGUCCUUCCCCUUUUGGGUAGCAAUGAGUGAGCACUGAAGACGUGGAAAAAAGCAGCUGCAGGAGUGUGAACUUAAUUGUUUGCACGUACAGAACAAUGCAGAAAUGCUACAUCUGUAGCUACAUACCAUGCUCGAAAAGGGUAUUAAAGCAAAUAUUAAGUCUAGCUACAGUGAUAAAUGGUACUCCUCAAUAUCUCCACAUUUUCUUUGUACCAAGAAAAAAUUUAAUUGCCAAAAAAAAAAAAGAAAAUGUUCUAUACAGAGGAGAUCACAUUAUAAAAUUGGCAUUGAUGUUUCACACACACCUAGGCACAAUGUAUGAAACCUGCGAGGUGCCAUGGAUCUCUGAGGUCAUACUCUGAUGGGCAGCAUUGCCCUUGGCAAGUAGUGUUCUGCACGUAGAUGGUGCCACAUACCUGCAUUUAGAACCACAGAGCAUUGUAAAGAUUUCGGACCAGCAAGUUAAUCUGCAAAAAAGAAUUCAAGAAUUCAGUACAGUAGGCCUAACUGCAUUUUAUUUCAUGUUGAAUUGCAACAUGAGCGGUCUUUAAUUAAUAAUAUUUAACUGCUAAUAUAUUACUUACUAAAAAGGGGGUAAUGACGUCUUCGUAAAAAGCUGGUACUGUACUUUAAAGUGGUGAUGUCAAUCCUGUCCUACAUUCAUUUUAUUAUCUCUCUUAUGAACCAGUGUUUCCAGUAAAGUUGAUGUGUUGGAGCACCACUUUAUCACUUAAGCUUGGCUCAAUGUCUGCCUUUGGUAAUACCCCUCAAUGUUUAACAUUCAACAGCAAUUUACUUAUUCAAAUGUUCACAGGGAAUUGAAGUGAAGUUCAAUGUUUUAAAUUCAAGUUCACUGUUUGAAAGUCAAAUUGUGGCUGAUAGCUGCAGAAGUUUGCUUGUAAUUGCUAGACUUACAAUUUUUUUUACCAAUUGUAAGAGCUGAUAUCAAAAUUUCAUACACUUGCAAAAUUAGAUUGCUUAUGUGAACAGUGCAGAAAAUUUUCUAUAGAUAAUGCAACUUUGAAAGUGUGUUCUCAAGCUAAGUGCAAUAAAAUGUAACUUGUCCCUUUCAAGCACAAUAAGUGGAGAAAAAUUGCAUUGCUUCACUUCUUUUAUAACUUAGAGUUGUAAACCUACUAUUUCAGAUUUUGAUUUUCAUGAAUAUUUGAUCAAAAAUCAAGCUUUUCAGAACAGAAUUAUGCUCCUCUUUGUCACGAGGAAUGAACAUACUCUAGGUGUAACAAAUUUAAUCAAAACAUUACUUGCCUAACAAUGCUUCUGCAUCCCCUGUGCUCAUUGAAUAAGGAAAUGUGACAAAAUAAAGCUUUAUAUCAAUAGAAGUAGAUAACAUUAUUGAGCAAAAGUAUCAAACUCACUACAGCUGCAUUGCGACAAGCACAUUUUCUUUACAGAAAAUAAUCACAAUGCCCACAAUUACGGGCAUUGGAAGUAAUAUAUGUGAAGUGCCAACAUUUAGAAUAUAUAGUAGGUAUAUUCAUAGGCUGUUUUCGCCUAGUGUACUCUUCAUGUAAAUAGCUUCCCUCAUACAACUCGACUGAACCCAUAUAACAUACGAAGGUGUUCCAAUAUCUUUAAUUCAGCAUUCUGUCAGUCAAAACUUAUCUGCACUUUAGCAACUUAAAUUAAAAUUGACCACAAGUGUGGCAGUUUGGGAAACUUGGUACUCCAUGAGGAAGUGUGAGCUGGACAGUCAGAAAAAGGCGCACAGACACAUGCAAACAAGAGCACCAUUUUUUUCUGUCUUCGUUAAGUUUAUAGUUCUUUAUUCUUUCUUGUAGAGUGGACCAAUGUACAAAGCAUUUUGUGCCAUUUUUCAGUCCUCAUCUAACUGCGCAUUCCAUUGGACUCAUGAAAGCAUAGAAAAUUGAAGGGGGAAUGGAACAUGUUCAUACUGGUUUUCUAGGAACCCAUGAACAAGGGUUGGGCAUGGAACCCAGAUUCACAUAAUUUCCAUAUGAAACCCACGAAAAAGGCCUGCAUUUGGCAUCAUGCUUGAAAUGAGAAAUGCACAACUGAAUUGGUUGGUGACACAACUCUCAGUUUUGCCAUAGAAAAAUAUUUAGUAGCACCAGGGUGUAAAUUCUCCCUGAAACAGUGCAAAGUUUUUCGUUUGCUGUCACAGUCAUGCUUUCUAUUUACGCAACUAGCAACUCAGAACUGGGCAUUGUCUAGCCAGUAAUGGCCAGUUAGUGCUAUCAGAGUUUUUCCUGUGUAGAACAAGAGCGUAAAGUAACUAAUACUAAUUGGCGUUAGUAUGAGCAAAUGACCAAAUUAAAUUGUAUGAAGAAAGACGGAGAAAAAUUCAUGGAGGCCAGGGAGGCAGUUGUUGGUGGCACAUUUUGGCACGAAGCCAGUGAUAUGUCGCAGCAUGCCACCUUUCUUAGUUACAGCUGCAGCGUGGCCAAAUGACAAGUUGUUCUUUCAGCCACUGGGUGGAGUUUCAAUGAGAAAUUCACUCACAUUCGUCAUCAGCAGCAGUAGCAAUACACUGGAUAGACAUGAUAAAGGGGAAGCCAGCUACAUUUAAUGCUACCAAAAGCAUGGAAUGAAAAUCAAAUUGGAUGUGCUUUUAAGAUAGUUCAAAUCACUUGAGCCCUUUAAGUCAGAUCAUGUUUUCCACGAAUACCAAACUGUAGGACAACAUUUUUGGAUGAUUUCUGCAUAGCAUGUGGAAAUAAUGCAGAAAGCAUUGAGCUUACUGUACCAGAAUAUAUCCAUUCAGUGACAAAUGUAGAUGCACUGUGGGGUUCUCGCCCAUGCUCUUGGGACAAAGGAACGUGGCUGUGAUUCCCGCGCUACGCGUUGGGGAGUGCCACGGAGCGAUUGUGUGGGGCUAGAUCCGGAGCUCACCUUCAGCCCUAGCCGCAUGCAGAGUGGAGCCCCCACAGCACAUAGCUUAACUGAGGCACUUAAGCACCAUAGUGGAAACACAAAUGGGAUCUGUGGUAAAUAAGGUUGAAAGGGAGGCAAAUUGUGCAAUGAAAUGAGCUUUUAGAUUCUUAGUAAUAGUAGCUUACUGUAUAAAAGCAUUUAAAGAUUAACGCAUGCUAUAAAGAUAAAAAUAAUUGCCUAUGUGGCUUAUCCCACCACUCUACAUCAGAGGGGAUGCUCACAUCAUUCCAGCGUACUUGGGAGCAUUUAUAGUGUUGCACUGUGCUGCAGACUUUUUUCUCUUACGUGCUGCACGCUUCAUGCUUAGCGCAGAUAUCGCAUUCUGUCUAGAAACAUCUAACAAAAUUUAUGCUAGGCUUCCUUCAUUCCAGCUUAGUCUAAAUGCAAUCCCACAUAGCCCACGUAACCUUAUACCAUUUUUCAAGGUCAUCACUCUUGCAUCUUAUUACACACAGUAAUUAAAAUUUCAUGCAAGAAGAUCAUUUCCAUUUGGGCAUCGCAGCUUGUGUUGCUAAGUAUGCUAGUGGCACUUAAAGGGUCCCUGAAACACUUCAGACAAAUUUUGUAGA